AUGGGAAAGGACAAGACGGCGGCCCUAGAGCACGCGAAGAAGGCGACGGCAGCAGCGAAGGGCAAGAAGAUGAGUCGGGGGGUCAUCGUCGAGAUCCGGUCUGCCGCCUGGCUGGAUCCAGGGGGACUAGAUUCGGUCCACGAUCCAGAAGGAGGAUCUGGAGGAUCUGGCCAGCGAAGGCUUGAUCGCCCACGGUUCAUGGAGGCUGCCGGGGAAAGAGAUCAAACCCCAACUGCAAGAGGGCGCAUUCAGCCCCUUCAAGCCCGCGACCACCCGAUGUGGAUGUAUUCGAGCCCCAACGACACCGCCCGGGUCGACCCAAAGGAAGUUUCUGAGGAGACGGUGGAGCAAUGGUUGCGGAGCAUCACUGGUAAUAAAGACAACCCCAGAGGGUCCAGUAGAGUCGCUCCAUUCAGUGCUGAUAACGAGCCAGAAAAGAUGUACACGAUGCUGAAUGGGGAACAAUUCCAGGAGGGAGCUGAGAGCGAAGGCGAGAGUGCCGACUGGAAAUCUGACGAUGAAAGCGACGAUGACGAUGAUGACUCGAGCAGCGGUGAGGGAGUCGACUCACCGCCUCAUUCCGAAAGACGUUCCAAGCAGACGCAAGACCCAGCUGGUGGACGCGGCAAAGUGGUUGCGUCGAGCGCACAGGUGUUGAAGCGCACUCGGACAUCCACUCCUGAGCCGACGGAGAAGGCCCCGAAGCAGCCCAAGGUUGCGCCUACAAAGACUCGAAAGGCCCUGCCAAAGAUCAAAGUGGACGUCCCCGUUGCCUCUGCUGCUGCUACCUCUGCGACCUCUACGGACGCUUACAAGGACCGAGAUGAUGAUGAGACUGAAGACGCGGCCACUUCCAAACGCCUCAAAAUGUCAUUGAGCUUCCGGAUGAUGAUGAAGAUAUGUCCCAGAAGACCACGGAAGGAAGAUCAGAACUUCGGGCAGGAGGGCGCCUGCCAGCAAGAGGACCAGGUGAGUGCUGCCAAGGAAGCUAUACGCCAGGCGAGCCUUAUGAUGGAGCAGAUGAAGGUGGUGCGUGAGGCCAGACAAGCUGCUUAUGAUGCUAGCUCAGCUCUCCAGACCAAUGUCCAGAAAUCUUGUGAGCUCGGGGCCCAGUUUGUUGACUUGGAGAAGAAACAGGUCCAGCUCAAUCUCGACCUGGAGUUGGCCAAGGAGAACUUGCAGAAGGCUAAGGAUGAAACUGCUGCAAAAAUGAAAAAGGCUCUGGAAAAGAAGGGCCUUGAUCUUGCAGCGGCACAGAAAACGGCGCAAGAGAAAUCAGCACUUGCCGGCAAGAAGCUGGCUUCAGUCAGGAAGUUAGAAGAAGAUAACGCCAAGAUGAAGACUGCUCUUGACGAAGCCAACAAGCAAGUGACACGGUUGAAGAAGGACAAGGGGGCUCUGACUGACAAAGUUGAAGAUCUCACUCGGAAGAGGAAUGAGCUAGAGGUUUGUCUGGGAGGACUCGCCAAGCUGUUCCUUAUUCUUGAAGAAUUCUGUCAAAACUUUGAGGAAGAGACUGGGAGAAUUCAAACGAGCUUGGACACCAUCAACUCCCCUGUUAAGGAUGAAGCUACCAUGAACGUGCUCCGACUGGAAUCUUGCCUUACCAGUGCCAUGGACUAUCUCGCAUGA